AUGCGUUCAUCUCUACGCUCCAUCUCGGCCUGCGCCUUCCUGUUCGUCAAUCUCUUCUCUCUCAUAAACGCCUCCCCCGCCUUACACUCAAACGCUCUCGAACCACGCAAAGUUGGGCGCGGAGGUGGCGGUGGUGGAGGUCACAGCGAUGAUGAUAGCGGUGGUGGCAGUUCAGGAGGAAGUUCAGGAGGAAGUUCAGGAGGAAGUUCAGGAGGCUCCAAAACCGGAUCAAGCUCAACCAACGUAUUGCUUUUCAGUGGGGGUGAUUACGGCUCAUUACGCGGAAAUUGCCAGAUGGGCGAUGAUGGUAAAUGUUACGGCCAGGAUCAAGCAACAGGCAACGGCAUCACUUGCAACGGACAGGGCACUUGGUACACCGUCACCGCAAGUAACAUCAGCGUUGCCUGCGCCCACUUCAACUACAACAGCAGCGCCUACAGCCAGGGCCAGAGUUGGAAUCAGACCACUACCAACUCUGGGGGACCCCUGGUCAAUGAACAGGGCCAGCAAAUGUCGAUCUACUGGUCGGCGCAAUUCGACGGGGCCGACAACGCAACGCCGGCAGCAUGUGAAGGCGCUCUGGGUGAUUUGGUAACGGCAUGCGCGAGUACGAAUAAGGACUCCGAGGGCGGGCUGUACAAUUUCGUAGGCGACACUGCGGCUUAUGGGGUUAAUUUCACGACUAGUUACUGUGGCUGUUAG